CCGGCCACGCGUUGCUGUGGCUUUUCGUAAUCUUUUGUUCGCCAGGUGGAAUAGCACUGAAUAGCCUUGCAGGCUGAAAGCCUGGCCGCUUUCUUUAUAUGGGAAUCCUUGUUUGGUGAGCUGGAAUACAAUGAGUAGUCUUGGUGCAGCAGGUAUGAAUGCUGUUAUUAGUCACCUUGAUUAGAUUUUAAUGCCUUGUAAUCUGAAAGGCGGUCUGCUUCCUGGGUGGGGUAAUCAUUUUUUGGGAGGUGUUAGCUGGCCCUAAUUGUUUCCUGCCUUGUAGCUUCAAACCCUGGCUGAUUCCUGCCUGGUGGAAUCCUUUUUUGGGAGGUAUUAGCUGGCCCUGAUUGUUUCCUGCCUUGUAGCUUCAAGCCCUGGCUGAUUCCUGCCUGGUGGAAUCCUUUGUUGGGAGGUAUUAGCUGGCCCUGAUUGUUUCCUGCCUUGUAGGUUUGAAGCCUGGGUGAUUCCUGGCUGGGCUAAUGCUGUGUUGGGAAGUGUGAGCGAGGCAGUGUGUGUCCUUUUUGUCCCCUCCCGUCGAAAGGGCCAGGAGGCCCACAGUUUGGGUGGGCAGUUUGGUCUCUAUCCGACUCCCCCUCUCCCCAGGGUGGUGAGGGGCGGCGCAGGAAGAGGGGUGCGAGCUGCCGCCCUUUUCAGCACGGUGUUUUCUGAGGCCUCAGGUGGCCACCUGGCCCUUUUUCACUCCCCCCUCCCCCGGGUCACUUGGGAGGCCACUUGGGUUUGUGGAGUAGUGUGGCGAUUGCGGGAAUAGCGAGUCGCCGGUGUGCCUGUGGGCUCUUAAUCUCCGGGUGGUGUGGGGCGUGCUCCUUCUCGGGGUUUGGCGGACGAGUGAUGGCGGCGGUGCGGGAAGAAGUGACCGAGGAGCCCCGCGGCCUCCCCCCCCCCCCCCCGCAUCCAGAGGGCCAGGAGGCCCAGAGUUUGACUAUCCAGUUUGGUCUCCAGUCGGCUUCCCCCUCCCACAGGGUGGUGAGGGGUGAGCCAGGAGAGGCAACUGGGAGGCUUGAGCCCAUGUUGGGCCGGCACAGCACCCUGCAGGCCUGUUGCCACCGGCAGUGCGAGGGCUACCCCGGCAUCAAGGUCCAGGACCUCAGUAGCUCCUUCCGCAAUAGGCUCGUCUUCUGCGCCAUCGUCCACCACCACCGGCUCGACUUGCUGGGCGGAAGAAACAGAGAACGUCUCUGGCUGAGGCUGACAUGGAUGGGGUUGUCAGCCAUAAUAGGAAGGUGGGCGCUGAUCAGCAAGCUUUGCUCAAGUUGUCAAGAGCUAAUCAAGUCCCUUGGGGAAACAGCACCGUUCAGGUCUAUGUUGGUGACAAGGAAAGAGAUUAUGGAAAAGGGGAAUGGGCAAGAGAGAAAAACUCUCUUAGUAGGAUUACAGAAAGCUAACUUUGGUAUAUGCUUGUGGACCAUUGCAGUGACUUCUUCCAAGAAAGAGAUGUGGCGCUUUUGA